AUGGGGUUCACGAUCGCCGUUACGCCGCUUGCAUGUGCCUUCAUGGGCUGGCAGGGCUCGGGCGGUCUCAGCGUCGCGACUGGGACAGUCAACAUAUUUUUCGGUAGCAUGCUCCUCAUGCUCGCAGGCAUUGGAGAGUUUCUGCUUGGUAACACAUUCCCCAUGAUGGUCUUCUUUGGAUACGGCGCGCAUUUCUUUGCUUAUGCGACAACGUUCGUUCCCGCCUUCAACGCGAUUGGAUUCUUCAAACCAGAUGGAAGUGGCACCGGCAGUCCUGGCACGUCAAAUCAGACGCCAGUAUUUCUAGCUAGUUAUGUGUUCUACCUCAUCGCCAUGUGCAUUCUAUCCUUCCUCUUCUUGCUCGGCUCGCUACGCGUCAACGUCGUCUUCGUUUUGAUUUUUACCUUCGCGACAAUCGGAUUUGGUCUAGGCGCUGGGGCAUUCUUCAGCCUUUCCCGUGGAAGCGUCGUGGUUGGUACAAGGUUGGCUACAAGUACGGGUGCUUGCUUUUUUGCAGCUGGCGUGCUAGGCUUCUACUUCCUGCUGGCUCUCAUUGUCGCGAUCGUGGAAUUGCCCGUGCCGGAUCUGCCAGUGUUCGACCUGAGCACAGUAAUAAAGGCGAGACCGAGAGGUAUGAUCAAGGAGGAGUAA